AAUAAGUUCAUCCACAAAAAUUUCCUUGCUACUAAAUAUUCCACGGUCAACUGUUAGUGGUAUUGUAACAAAGUGAAAGCAACUGGGAAAAACAGCAACUCAGCCACCAAGUGGUAGGCAACGUAAAAUGAUAGAGCAAGGUCAGCGCAUGCUGAAGCGCACAGUGCGCAGAAGUCGCCAACUAUCUGCAGAGUCAAUAGCUAAUGACCUCCAAACUUCAUGUGGCCUUAAGAGAGCUUCAUGGAAUGAGUUUCCAUGGCCAAGCAGCUGGAGUGACACUUUUCUGUCUGCCAAUCUGAUGGACGUGUCUGGAUUUGGCGGUUGCCAGAAC